CAUUCUUCUUCUUCUUUUUUUUUUAAGAUUUAUGUAUAUGCAUACACUGUAGCUGUCUUCAGACACACCAGAAAAGGGCAUAAGAUCCCAUUAUAGAUGGUUGUGAGCCAUCAUGUGGUUGCUGGGAAUUGAACUCAGGACCUCUGGAAGAGCAGUCAGUGCUCUUAACUGCUGUGCCAUCUCUCCAGCCCGUCUGUCUUUGUUUUGUUUUGGUUUUUUUGGUUGUGUGCCAAGAUGCAUGUGGAGGUCAGAGGGCUUCGGGGUCUCUAACUUGGGUCCUCAGGCUUGGCAGCCGGCACCUUUACCAGCUGGGUCAAACAGCCAGCCUCCCCUGAAGAACCCUUUAACAGUUUAAUGAGACGUCAGGGUUUCAUGCUGAAUAAAGGGAGACUGAGCUGGCCAUGGUGAUGCUGGCUUGCAAUUACACUUGGGAGGAUGAGAUCUUGUCUUAAAGGAACAGAAGAAUGAGGCCCACGAGGACCGAGUCUUCCUAGGUCUUUGUUUAGGGUUUUGAUUAGAACAGUGAGGCUGUUAGGACUCCUGAGGGCUGGAGCAGGGGGGGCUGAGGAGAUUUGAACCAGGCUUUUCUCCUCAGUGCUGUUGUUGAGGGGUGCUCACACACAGGUUAAUGGGGGAGCCCUGGGGUACCUACAAUUCCUUAUCUUCUGGUGGAGUCUUUAAAUCCAGGCUGUGUUCUAGCGGAAAGCUGGCCAUGCCCGUCUUUGCUCCUUGUCCCUCAUGGCCAUUGCUACACGGACAGAAUGACCCAGAUCAUGUUUACACACAACACACAUUCUUUGUGAUCUUAUCUACUCUUGUUCACCCAGGACUGCACAAUUUCCAUGGUGAGACCCCUUUUUUCUUUUGAGACCUUUUUUCUUUCUAAUGUAGUCUAGACUGGCCUCGGAACUCUCUAUGUAGCAGAGGACGACCUUGAACUAAUCUUCCUGCCCGGACUCCUCAAGUGCUGGGAUUAGAAGCCUGCACAACCCCUCUGAUUCUGUGGUGCUCACACAGAACCAAGGGCUCCCUGCAAGCCGGUUAAGCACUCAGCCACCCGGUUUCCAGCCUGCCCUGCCGCGAGGUGGUUCUGUUUGUGUGGUUAGAAGAUAACUUAGAGUCCUAAUGUUUUGGCUAUUACAGCUCAGGUCAUGUCAGAUUUGGGCAGCAAAGUCUGCUUCAUUCUGCUGAGCCACCUCACUGCACGCUCUCUGCUUUGCCUGUUAUUUGAGUCAGGAUUUCUCUGGGUAACCCUUUCUGGCUAUCCUGGAAAACAAUCAAGACCAGGCUGGCCUUGAACUCUGAGCUCUCCCCCACCCCCUGCCUCCUUAGUGAUUACAAGGUGUGUGCCACUAUGUUGCUCUUCUCUGCUACUUUGUGGGUUCUUCCUUUAACCUCUCUCCAUCCUUUCUAUUCCAGCUUUUCAACCCCUUACCACUAGACAGGAGAGAGAAAAGGGAAAAGAUCCCUGAAUAAAGUUAGGGGUCAUAAAGGGAUUAGCAUAGCAUCUGUAGAGUACUUCCUGCUAAUUAGGCACCUCAAGUUCCUUGGGACAAGUUUGAUCUUUGCUAUCUGGACAUCUCUUUAUUUGUUGUUUUUGUUUUUUGUUCUUUGUUUUUGUUUGUUUUGAGACAGGGUUUCUCGGUUUAGCCCUGACUGUCCUGGAACUCACUCUGUAGACCGACCAGGCUGGCCUCGAACUCAGAAAUCCGCCUGCCUUUGCCUCCCAAGUGCUAGGAUUAAAGGUAUGUGCCACCACGCCUGGCUAGGACAUCUGCUUUCUUGUUGCUCUUUGAAUAUGACUACUUAACAAACUGUACCCAACAGCCCACUCUGCCUCUUGGGGUCGUAGCACUUACAGACCCUCUGAAAAGUCAUCAGAAUUCCAAACAGCACACAAUCACAUAAACUAGCUGCAGAUGGCAAAACCGUGCCUCUGCUAGAGCAGGAAUCGAAUCAUAGCUGCUGUGAACAGUCUGAAGCAGCCCCUUAUCCCACACCUGGGUUUAAAACAAAACAUAGUAUUAGUGUUAAAAAAAAAAAAUCUUGGGCUGGAGAGAUGGCUCAGCGGUUAAGAGCACUGCCUGCUCUUCUGAAGGUUCUGAGUUCAAAUCCCAGCAACCACAUGGUGGCUUACAACCAUCCCUAAUGAGAUCUGAUGCCCUCUUCUGGUGUAUCUGAAAACAGCUACAGUGUGCCUACAUAUAAUAAAUUUAAAAAAAAAAUCCCAAAAUUGUAACUACACCAUUACACCUGAUUUUCUCUUGCUUUCUUUUAAUUAUUUUAAAUGUUUCCUUUAUGUUUAUGGGUGUUUUGCCUGAAUGUAUGUCUGUAUGUGCUUGGUGCCUGUAGAGGCCCAAAGAGGGCAUCUGAUCCCUUGGCACUGGAAUCAUACAUAUUUGUGAAGCUGCCACUGGGUACUUGGAAUACAACUUGGAUCCUCUGGAAGAGCAGUGUUCUUAAUUGCUGAGCCGUCUUUGCAGCACCUCCCAUUUUUGAGACAGUCUGUCAAAUGUUUAGCCCUGCCUGUCCACAAACUUGCAAGGAUUAUAAAAUCUGUAGUAGGUCUGGAAGGUGGUGGUACAUGCUUUUAAUUCUAGCACUUGGGCAGGGGCAGGUGGCUGUGAGUUCAAGGCCAGCCUGGUCUACAGAGCAAGUUCUAGCCAGAACUACACAGACAAACUCUGUCAUGAAAAACAAAAGAAACUGCUUGCCCUUGACAGUUGUGAAGUCCUGGCUUUGUUCUUCACCCUUUAUCUCUGUCGCCCUGCAAAACCCUUUGGGCUCAGCUUCAAAAUCAGUUGUUGCCACUGCUGCCAUCAACUUCAUUUGCAGCCAACCUGCUCCACUAGUGGGCUUUGGGCUCUGCCUGGAUUCCUUACUGUUGUUGCUAUGGAGACUUUUAUGUAGACCAGGCUGGCUUCAAUCUCAUGAAGUUGGUGUGACCCUUUUCCCUUACCUUUUUUUUUUUUUUUUUUUUUGGUUGGUUGGUUUUUCGAGACAGGGUUUCUCUGUGUAGCCCUGGCUGUCCUGGAACUCACUCUGUAGACCAGGCUGGCUUCAAACUCAGAAAUCCGCCUGUCUCUGCCUCCCGAGUGCUGGGAUUAAAGGCGUGUGCCAUCACGCCCGGCUUCCCGUACCUUUUAAUUAAUGCCUAGUGUCACUACUCAAUCUCUAUUAUUAUUGUUUAUUAAUUAUGAGACAAGGCUGUCGUAUUAAGUCAGUUGCCCAAUCAGGUUUUGAGCUCACUUUGAAGUGCAAGCAGACUCUGAAUUAUGUGCACAUGUGACACAGGACUUGUGUGGGGCUCAGGGAGCACUUUGUAAGGGUCUCUUUGCUCCUCCCACCAUAGGGUUUAGGGAAAUUGAACCCAGGUUGUCAGGCUUGGUGGCAGACAAGGACCAGGUGACCUCUCUUGCUGCUCACCUUCCAGUUUAGCUUUUUAAAUCAAUUAUAAAACACGAGAUUUUUAAAAAGCCAGCCUACUGCCAGGACAUUUGCUCCAGGUGACAGGCAUCAUAGCUUGGGUGUGCUGUCAGGGGCCUGAUAUAAUUUGGUUAAAGUAGUGUAUGAAUCAGCAAGGAAGAACAAAGUAUAGUCCAAAUAGGUUUUCUAGUUUAAAAGAAGGCAGGAGGGAACUUCUCGCAUGCAAGAGGCUAUAAAUUCAAACCUCAGCACCCUAUAUAUAGUUUAACAGCCACGUGUAGUAGUGCACACCCAAUUAAAGGUGAAGACAGAAGGCUUAGGAGUUCGAGGUCAGCCUGGGUGCAUAAGCUAACACUGCGUAAACACAACGCCACUUACAUCGAGCGCAGAUAAUCUAAGGCUGGAUAGUAUCACAGGUUAAAAACAAACGGAAGCAAGAAAUGCCACUGCACAGUCCUUUCAGAUCAAGAACGUGAUCUGGGUAAGGCAACUGCUAGAAGGCCCAAGCAACAGUGGGCAGACCCUGGACAAAUGGGCCAGCAGCUAUGCUGGUCACGCCCAGGCUGCGAGAGACCCGCUGGAAGUUGUAGUCUUUUAGCCACCUUGCCACGUCACCGCCUCCAAGAGGCAAGAACGCCUGGUUCCUACAUCUACCCCUCAGUCUGGUGGUAGGUUCCGUCGCGCCACCCAUUAUCCUGUCUACCGCCUUCUGUCCCUCCAGCAGUGAGGACUUGGUAUUGUCUCACCAGCUCGAACUCUUGUAGCACAGUUUCUCUCUUGUCAUUUCCAAGUCUGAAACCCUCCCUCCCUGACCUUCUUGGUUUGCUCCAGCCACACCCCCUUACAGUCCUCCAUCCCUGUUUGUCAGCGCUGGCUCCCCAGCUCCAUAGUCUGUUGGUUAGCGCCGGCUCCUCCUCUCCCCGGCGUUGGUCCCGGCUCUCCCUCUUCUUCCACGUUGGUAGGCGCCAGCCCACCCCCCCCGCAUCUCCCCCCAGCUUCGCGUUGGUUGGCGCCGGGCUCCCCUGUUCGCUGCAGUGGUUCGGCCGCGGCGACCCCUCAGCGGCGCGUCCCCCGCCGCGGUCCCGCUCCGCUUCUCCCCGAAGCCGCGCGCCCGCGCCUGUCGGUCGGCGGACCCGCAGCCCCCCGUGAGGCCCACGGCCUCCCACCCGCCAUGGUCCGCCCGCGCCGUGCCCCGCACCGCUCCGGCGCCGGGGGCCCCCUCGGAGGUCGUGGCCGGCCACCGCGGCCCCUGGUCGUCCGCGCCGUGCGCUCACGUUCCUGGCCUGGCGGUCCUCGAGGCCCGCAGCCACCGCGGAUCCGGGCUCGUUCGGCCCCUCCCAUGGAGGGUGCUCGAGUCUUUGGAGCCCUGGGGCCUAUCGGGCCCUCUUCACCUGGGCUGACUCUUGGGGGCCUCGCAGUGAACGAGCACCGGCUCAGCAACAAACUGCUGGCCUGGAGUGGCGUGCUGGAGUGGCAGGAGCCCAGGCCUGAGCCCAACAGCCGGUCCAAGAGGUGGCUGCCAUCCCACGUCUAUGUGAACCAAGGGGAGAUCCUGAGAACAGACCAGUGGCCUCGGAGGCUCUUCAUGCAGCUCAUUCCGCAGCAGUUGCUGACCACCCUCGUGCCACUGUUCCGGAAUUCACGCCUGGUACAGUUCCACUUCACUAAGGACAUGGAGACUCUGAAGAGCCUUUGCCGGAUCAUGGACAAUGGCUUCGCGGGCUGCGUGCACUUCUCCUACAAGGCAUCGUGUGAGGUGCGUGUGCUCAUGCUCCUGUACUCCUCGGAGAAGAAGAUCUUCAUCGGCCUCAUCCCGCACGACCAGAGCAACUUUGUCAACGGCAUCCGUCGCGUCAUCGCCAACCAGCAGCAGGUCCUGCAGCGAAGCCUGGAGCAGGAGCAGCAGCAGCGAGGGAUGGGUGGCUAGAGGAUGCCUGGGCUGGGCGGGCCACAGUCCCAGACGAGGCCCCAGUGGAGACUGGUGAGCAGCACUGUGUCCGUGGGAAGCAGCAGGGUGGCCCUGGCCUGAGAGAGACCUGCUGCAUGCGUCACUGCCUCCUGCUACCAAUAUCCCUGGGGAGGAAUGGGUGCCAGGGCCACAGCUUAAUACUGGGGAGUAGGGUGCAGUUUCACUAGUAGAAGCCACCCCUCCUCCUGCCUCCCAGGUCAGCUGCUUCUGAGCAGGGGCUCCUGGCGACUGUACCUGCCCAGCAACCUGGAGGACAGCGUCCUGAGGUCUCCCAAGGAUGGUCCUUGCCCCUGUAUGUUUCCCUAAUAAAGCCUUUUAACCCAC